AAAGUUCUGAGCAGCGCGGUAUCAUCAUUACCUUAUUUCCCGCAUUAUUUUUGAGUCGCGCGUUUGGAGGAUCACCUGGUUUUCAGGGAGAACAGUCGUAUCCAGAAGAGUUUAAGGUGAACUAAAAUAUUUUGACUGCCAAUAAGGGGGAAUCAUUUGAAUACUACAAAGCAUUAUGGAGGGAUUAGGCAAAUUCCAUUGUGACGCAACCAAAAGCCUCCAACACCCAAGUAGGUCCUUAGAGAUUGUGCUAAUAGAAGUAGCAAGUUACGCUUCUAGCAUUGCUCGAUUUUUUUCCGAAUUAUGCUCAAAAUUGAGCCCGUUUUGAAAAUUAUGCUACUUUUACUUAGAGCAAGCUUUUCAAAAAGAAACACAAAGCAAUCCAAAUGUCGUAUUCAUUGCUAAUAACAUAACCAUAUUUUCGAUUCUUUAACGUAAGUUACACAUUUAUUCUGCUAAAACAGAACUAACUACUGUUAUUUUGUGGCCUGUGAAAAUAGACUGAACCAUGGAUCAAUCUUUGAGACCAAGCAAUUCAUGGCUGUGGUAAUGUUCCCUUCAAAAACUAAAAUAUGCUGAUCAGGCUAGCAGUGCUACUUUUAAUAAAAAGUGCUAAGAUCAUGCUCGCUUUUACAAAUAAUUCCAAAAAAUAAGCUAGCACAAUCUGUAAGGGCCAACACCCAAGGGCAAUUUACAAGACAAAAGACAUUUUCAAAAAAAUCAACCUUUUGGAAGGGUUUCUGUGUGAGGAGAGCCAUUCCUAAUUCUAGUCUCCAUUUGCACUCUGUACUGAAUUAAUUAUAAUAUUGUUCCUCGUAAAAAUUGCUCAAAAAGUGACUCUUGAAGGAGUUAUUCAUUUCAUUUACUCCUUAUUGGCCUUCCACUUGAAACAGUACAGUUACUCUGGUCUCGUUCAACCCUAAAAGUAGUUCAAGGUUUUUUUGUCUCUAGGUUCCAUGAGCGCUACGUUAUAUACGAGAUGCACGGAAUACAGGAAAGCAAAUGGGUGAAUAAAAUGAUAAAAUAAAGCCACUGUGUUUAUUUAUUUCAAUCUUUUUGUUUCUUCAUGACGGAAAGCGGUGCGGCGUGUGGCGCUGUUGGUACGUCAUGUAAGGAGUGAAGCGUACAAGCACCCAAUCCUCUCUCUUGAGAAGAAUAACAAGAUGGCGGCCGAACCAUCGGAAAGUCAAUUAGGUCUUUCGUGGCAUGAUAGUGCGUGGAUUCCGGUUCUCAAUCCUGAUAAUGUUUUGGAAUAUUUUUCACAAAGAACGAACCCCUUUUAUGAUCGCACAUGCAAUAAUGAAGUCGUUAAAAUGCAGCGACUCGACCCGUCAACCUUGUCGUAAGUAUGGAAGUAAUUUCUCGUGUAAAGUAAGAGGUAUGAUCAUAUCGGAGGGUAGAUCUGAAAAGAGUCGUUAUUGACGGAAAUGUCUGGCGUUUCGAUAAACUAACGAAUCCUCAGCAUCAGUCUACCAAAAGCAGUCUUUUUAGAAUCACCUCCUCCUUUUGGAUUCAAACGUACCAUUCUUGAAAUUAAAGGUUCGUAGAUUUUUUUCAGAAUGAGAGACGAUAAUUUUCAAUGGUUAAACCAUAAAAUGGAGAUUCAGUUUUUAUUACGUCUGCCGACCUUUGCGAUGUAAUAUUCUACUUUCACGUGGACCGUAAAUGUACGUGUAAAUUUAGAUAAUUCUUUCUUUGUUGAUGCAAGAAAGGCAUAUUUUUUUUAUUUAUUGCACUAUGUAAGGUGUGAACGUCGCCUGGACAUACUCAACCCACAGCAGCUUACUUUUCAGAGGAAAUUUUUAAGGAAGUGAACCUAGGGCUGAUGAUGUGGGAUAAUUAAGUUCACAUACUGAGAUGAACUUGGUGCGAUCUGGCAAAGUUCACCCUGGUUGUUGGGUUGGAAUGUUCUUGGUUAAAAUUUCUGAUAUAAUUUUUAAAAUAUUGCAUUCUUUGACAGAACAAUAAUUCAAUACUUGCAUUCUUAGCUUGCCUCUUAUUAUGAUUUUAUGAGAAUAAUAAAAAAAAUCAAAGGAAGAAGUGCAAUAUCAAUGCCAGUAUGUGAGCAAUAUCACGCCUACCCCUCCCCUGCCCCAACAUCAGCCCAAACCUAUCAACAGUUGACUGUUGUUGUGUUAACCCUUUUACUUCCAUGAGUGAUUAAGACAGAGUUUCUCCUUACAAUAUCAAUGCAAUAUCAAUAUCAACCAAAUAAAAAUAUCAAUUUGGGGUUAAUUAGUUGAUUCAAUACUAAAUUCUCUAAACUAACAUUAUAAGAAUUGUGUGGUUGAAAAUAAGGAGAAUUACAUAUUUGAUCUGAGAGUGAAAGGGUUAAGGGAGGGGUACAUGCGCAGUUACUCACAUACUGACAUUGAUCUUGAGUGCUGAAGUGGGAUCAUGGGAAGUGAACUAGCCCAAUUUACUAAACUUGCAGUCAAUGGGGUUCAUUGUGGCUGUUAUCCUACUGCUUUUAAAAAUCAUGUAUUAACUGUGAAUCCUUUGUGGAUUUGCACAUGCUUAGUCAAAUUGUCGUUAUUAAUUUAAUUUACUUUUGUUUUCUUAAAGUACCAUGACAGGAAUUGAAUAUGUAGUUCUUCAUGUUCAAGAUCCAAUCCUAUAUGUCAUUAGAAAACAACACAGAAUUUCCCCAACUCAAGGUAUCUUAAUUUGUAAUACACUGGUUAAGAUCUCUUUUUCAAUAUACAGGUCAUGUAUACAAUUUAGUGGUAGACUGAUUAUCACAUGCAUGAUGAAUUAUAAAACUGCUACAAAUUCUGAUUCACUGCUAGAUUCUCCCUUCAAAAUGGUUUGUGUUCCCAUGUGAAAUGGAGAGAGAAGGUCGGUUAAUCCCCUUGACCUUGUCUCAGGGAUUAUUCAGCGAUAUUUAUCUGGCUUUCAGCAAAUAAUUGUCUAAGGAAAUGUUUAGUGGCUUUGGGAGAGAAUUCACAAUUAGAUCUUGGGAAUGAAAGGCUAACCAUGUGUUGCGGUGUAACAAUUGCCAUUUAUCAUAAAAGUAACCAAAAUUAUAGUGUUCAAGUAAGGUGUUGUUGUUGAGAGGUUUGGGUGCAAUACCUGGCCUGCUCAUUCUGCUGUGUACAUUGGUUGGACACUGUUCUCUCACAGUGCCUCUCUGGAGGCACCCAGGAGUAUAAAUGGGUACCAGUGAAGGGAGUGUUGACCUGUACUGGAACAGAAUCCCACCCUGGUGGAAGUAGUACUCAUAGCUAUUUCAUGCUAUAGAGACCAGGAUAAGUAUUAGCUCCUAAUGGGGCCCCUCUGCUUAAGUGCAGAUUCUAACCCUUUCUUUGAUUGCCUGUUUGCAGUUACUCCACUUGCAGAUUACUACAUGUUGGCAGGAGUGGUUUACCAAGCACCCGAUCUUUGCUCAGUCAUAAAUUCCAGACUGGUUAGUAAAAAGUGAUUAGACUUGUUAACUGAUGAAGCCUUUUAUGGCUUUUAUGGCUGGUUAUAUUGUAUGGAGAAAUUCUUUAUUCUGUUGGCUGAAAAUUAAGUUCUGUUCUUACUUUGUUUUACCUCCUCACAUAUCAGAAAUAUUCUUGGCCAACAGCUCUAGAAACACAUGCAAUUUGUAAAUACAAACUACAAACCAUCAUUUGUUUUUGAUUUUAGAUGGUUUUGGGAGUAGGGUGUCUUGGAACGGGGGGGGGGGGAUUUUACCCCCCUAUUUCCUCACAUUUUAGCCUUGACUGAAGCCUUUAAGCUUUUAUACCAAGCAAAAUCAUCAGUCUGAAAGUGUUGUUUUAUGCUUCCCCAGCUGUCUACCUUGCACCACAUACAAGCAGCUUUUGAUGAAGGUGAAUGUUGUAUGAGUAAAAUAUUCAAGAAUUCAUGGAAAUUUCUGACUCUUAGUCAAUAGAGACAGUCAAUGUGUCAUUUAUUUUGCCUUAUACAGCUUUAUUAACAGUUAGCAAUGUCUAAGGUAAAUAGCAAUUCAGCGAUGUAAGGGAUCAGGGCUGAUGGAAAAGGGAAGGGGUCAGUAUUUGAAGAGAGAGUUCUGGGCAAGGAAUGAAAUGAUAUGAGGGGUUUAAUUGAGAAUUAAAGGUUUAAUUGAGAAUUAAAGGUGUGGGAGUGGCAAUUGUUGGAAGGGGACUUGGAAUUCAGGGGUGGGGAGUUGGAUUUGAGGGGAGAGAAUGGGAAUUUUAGGGGUGGCAGGUGGGCAUUGAGGGGUGGGCAGUGGGUAUUGAGGGGUGGGUAGUGGGUACUGAGGGGUGGAGAGAGAGAAUUUCAGCUGUGGGGCCUGGUAACAGAGGUAUGAAAAUGGGAAAUGGAAGUGAUAAUUUAGGAGAUAGUUGUCAGAGUUGUUGGUGAAAAAGGAAGGAUCAAAAGAAAGAUGGGAGUGAAAAAGAGAGGAGUGGAAGUGAAAUGUGGGGUUUGAGUAGGGAGGUUUUGUUGAGGAGAACGAGAGACAUAGGAUAAAAAGGUGAAAUGUGGGAGUCAGUAGUGAGGGCUCAGUAGUCGAGAAAUGAAAAUGGAAAGGUCAGAGAUGAGGGGUAAGAGGUGAAAUGGAAAAGUGAGAGGUUAAGAUGGGGAGUAGGAAAUGAGAGUUGAGAAAGUCAGGGAUAAAAACGUGAGAAGAGGUGAAACUUGAGUUAAACCAUUGCAAGCAUUAAACAACAUGCUUGUUUGAGACUUGCACAAGAUGUAGCUCUUGUUGUUAUCAUUAAAUGUUGGCUGGUUCAAAGAAAGUGUUUAAUGUGACUGAGUUCAAGUUUUGUUUUUGGUUAUAAACAGCGUCAUCAUACUCUAGGUAUCAUCCAUCUAAAGGUUACUGGUGGGAGUUUAAAGAUAAACAACAGAAACAUUUGACAGGUGAGCCUUUCAAGUACCAGGCUAAAAAAAUAAUCUCUGAUAAGAAGUGACGAGUUUAUACUCAGAAAAUGACGUUGUUUGGUUUAAAUUUUGCAUCUGAUUGGUUGAGAGAAUGUUGGGAGUUUUCUGGACCAAUCACAGUGCAAAAUAAACAAAACAAUGCCAUCCCAGAUUACUUUCCACACCUCAUUGACAUUUGCUCAAAAGCGCGGGAAAAAGCGAGUGACCAAAGCAAUCGUAGAUUACGUUUGCCUUUCAAUUGAAAAUUGCUCUUUGUAUCCCUUGGCUUAAAUUAUUAGCUAACUUCCUUGUUGUACAAUACUUGUUUACUCUGUUUUUUUGUUUUUUUUUUUACUGUAGCUUCUAAACGGAACCAAAGUAACAAGAACAAGACGGCGAAGGAUCCCGAUAAAGAGCCUAGUUCACAGUUUCAACGGGAAGGUGUUCACAUGUUGCUUGGGGAACUUUCAAGAAAGUUUCCACCACAGUUUCUUCAAGGCCAGACUUCCACAGGUAAUCGAAAGGCAAUUAUUAAGGUUUACACGCUGACGCAAAUGAUUUGAUGUGAAGGAUAUACACAAAAUCGAAGUACAGUAUAAAAAAUUUCGAGGUAAUUCCACAGUUCUUAUGUGCAGGUGCCUUCGUUUUAUACCACAUCACGAUAGGGAAAUCUCUAAUCCCUGUAGAAUUCCUUUGAGUUGAAUCCUGUACAUUGCCCUGAAAAACCUCCAACGAUAUAUUGGUUCCUAGGGCAUCCUUGGGGUGUCCCUCUUGGUUAGAAACGCUUUUGUUUUACGUGAAGAGCCUUUAACGCCCUUUGAUUGAUCGAGAAAACUCGUGCCACCCUUUCAACCAAUUAGAUGCAAAGCUGAAACCAUUUGCGUAACUUGAGGCCGGUCACGUGUUUUUUGAGUUCCCAUAAUUUACCUACCUUUGCUUUGAUUGGCUAUUGCUUUUCGAGUCUCAUGACACAAUCGAAAAGCGCUCUUGAUGAUACCUGAACAGAGAUAUCCAGUGAAAUUGGCUCAAAAAUUCAAAAUGGCAUUAAAUAUUAUGGGAUGUGUAGGUAGAAAGCUACAUACUCAAACUACUUUCCUUCAAGACGCUUUGCAUUUAGAAUAAUUCCAGUGAAGCUAACUACGACAAGAGAUAUCUUCAAAGGGAAAAUAUCAUUUGAACCUUUUUAUUUGUUGUUUUGUUUUCAUCCAGGCCAAGUCAAGAAGAACGGAGACAAAAAUUCUAAUGACGACAGUGAAUCGAAAGAGGAAGAUUCUUCAGCAUCUACAGAACCGCUUCCAAAUGGUGCUACUGUGACCGGGGGCUCAGGCACCAACGUGUCACGUGGUUCUCUUAACUCGCAUCAGGCCAUCAAGAGAACAGCGAGUACUGAUUCCUCCACAAAACCACCCCCAGGCAAGAAAAAGAAAAUUUAAACCAACUUGAGAACUUGAAAAGUAGGAAUAUUACUAAAAGAUACAAGAAACUGCAGACUUAUCUCGAAAACAUUAAAGAAAAUCUGGCAGACUCCAAAAGAAAGCAAGUUGUUCCAUGAGCACACUCCCUUCUUAGCCUGACAGGCUCGUUCUCGGGCAAACACUAAACACAGGAGUAAACAGGUGGAAUAUUGGGAGAGUGGCCUGGGCGCAAGCGUGGGAUGAUAACCCUGCAGUGGAAUCACAUUUCACCAAAGAGGGUCCCGUUGUCUAAAACAGGACAACCGCACUUGUCCACAACAAGGAGUAAUAGAGACAAAAGCAACCAAAUACCAAUGGGUUGUGUCGCAUCUGCUAGGAAUUAGUUAUGUAUAAAUGUUGAUAAAAUAAAUUGAAUCCAG